AUUUAUAAUCUGAUCUUCUCGCGAGAUUCGUUUCCGCGAGAUCGAGAAGAAACAAGGCGAGGAGAGAGAGAAAUUCGAUAAGGAUCACGGAAAAGGAGGUAGAACGACAUUCAAUAUCGACGUUUACAUGCCUCGAGUGGACCUGGAGGAAUCCACGAGACGUAAAAACGCGACGAUUACGUUGAAGCGGGAAUCUAGAUUUCCAACAGAAAGUUGAACGAUAAAAUCGUCACGGUGUGCGGAUUGGGGCGAAUUCUCGGCUACAUCGGCGGAAGACCGUCGGUGGGGGCCGCCAGCAUGUCGCAAUCUGGUUCAGGAGGGGUGAACGAUAGCCACCAGGAGCAGAACCAGGUCGGACAAACGAUGGAGAACCAGCAGACGUCGUGUCAGAACGGUCGGGCCGAGCCGCCUGCCGAUAAUGCCAAACAAGAUUUGUCAAAUGGCUUCGAAAAUCGUACCAUAGAGUAUGACAGAUUCUCUCAAGACAAGGCACAACAGAACAAGUCGAUCGGCCAGAGCCAAGAGCAACAGCAACAACAGCAGCAGCAAACUCAACAGACCGGUCAAUACCCGACUGGAAGGAAGCAAGCCGUGGUCGGUGUUCCCGAAGACAGACAUCCACCAACUGGACAACUUCCUCCUCAACAGUACGGCCAAGAAAAGUCUACGGCACCGGAGAGAACGCAGAACGUGUCUCAAACUAGCACUCAAACCCUUCCGGUUCAAGCGCAACCCCAGUUCAUGCCCGAUUACGAUCAGACCCAGUACACGCAGAUACGAAGCCAGUUCGAGGUGAGACCGCAGAUGUAUCCUCAACAAGCGCAAUACGCGGAGCGUGCUGGUUACGUGACCCGUGACGUGACGUACAGGGAUCCCACGUUGUACCAAGGAGGCGCUGCGAAUCCCAUGUUCACCGGUCAAGGUCAGUACGUAACGGUUCAACACGGGUCGCAAAUACCCCCUCAAUCCGCCAGUCCUCAGCCACCGUACUUCUCAGGCGUGGUGGUGCCUCAACCGCCUGGCUACGCCCAAUACGGUACCCAGCCCCAAUACCCUUACAGCCAAUAUCCCCAGACGAUGAUGAACGCGGUACCGUACACACCCCACGCAGGAAUUUACCCGGGUCAACAGUUCGGCCAACAAUCGCCCAAUCCUCAGAGAUUCUCGCAGGAGUUGGGACAAUACCAGACCCAACCGAUCAUCCAACCGAUCGCCCAAAACGUGAGCCACGGUCUCGCGAUGGCGACUGGCGAGCGACCGAGUCGUGGGCCGAAACCCAUGGUUCCCCCCCGAGGAAACUCGAAGAUCACGCACGACACCGGGCACAGAAAAUCGGCGAGCGUCGACGUGGCCGGGAUGCAGAAGCCUAAAUACGAUCCCGGUCAAAAUCCGCCCCCGCAGGAGCAGCAAAUUCACCGGAGCGACGGGGCGAUAAUCGUUCAGGGUGCGCAGAUAGUGGCCGAUGCCUCGGAUAGGAGGUACCUGGCGGCCAUUAAUCAAAAUCCGCGGACGCGUCAGGACGGGUUGUACGUGGAUACGAACGAGGAUCCGGGGCGGGAAAAAAUGUGCGAGGCCGACUGCGGCCUGUACGUGACCAGGCCUGAACACAGGAAAUCUAUUUCCGUGGACGUUACAUCGAGUUUCCAGCGGCGGAACGACACGAUCACCUUCACGUUCCCCGGUGACGGGAAUCAGGAAAUAUUGAUGCCCGCGAGGAAGGGCGGGAGCAUGGUGGAUCCGAAACGAGUCGAAGCCAAUCAAGUGUAUCCGCCUGAUCAAAGGCGAUUGGACACGAGCUUGAGAGUAUCUCCGAUGGCUUUUGAUACGAGACAAGAGAAUAGGAAGAGCAUAGGGGCGGACAGAAAGCCCGAAUGGGGCAACGUGAGCCCUAAUCAAAGAGUGGCGAUGCCGCAAGAAAACAGGCGAUCCGAUUACUUCGACGAACACAGGCGGUCGCCGAUGACCAUCGAAGGGAAAAGAAUGGAGGACGUUAGAAGGUCUCCUAUGCCGUUCAUGCCGAUCCGCGAGGAAUCGGCGGAUCGUGGCGGGCAGAAGAGUCCCUCGUUCGUGAAUCAAAAUUUCGAGAAGACGAGGCAGGAGUUGACCAUAUGGGCCGAGCAACGCCAACGGCAGGAGCACGAGAGGAGCAUGAUGCAGAAUCAAAUGAUGUCUACCAGCCCGCGUUCCCGUAAUCAGUCCGAGGAGAGGAGGGAUCCGAGAGGGCAGAUCCAUCAGGCGGCGGACGAUCGGAAGGAAGGGAGAAUGACUCAGUCGGCCUUUCAACCGAUUCCCAACAUCAGUCAGAGAACCAUAAUGGAGCAACGUCGCCAUUUGCGUCACGUCAGCGCCGAUCUGACGAAACACAUGGAACUAUCGAGGAAAGAGUUCGAGGAGCAGCCCAUUAGCGGAUCCGUGGCGAAUCUGGGACCACCCCCCGCCAGCACGGCCCCCUCUCAAAGGGCCAGUCCUAACAUUUGUCAUCAGUAUCCAGCCCUGAGCGAAGCCAAGUUGGACACCAAGACCGUUCUCACGGUGGUGACGGAUUUCGGUGAAACGAGCUUGGGCAAACCGAUCGAUCAAGUGGAUCAUAUAAUUCACAGUCAUCGUAAGAGUCACAAUGUCUCUGGCAACUUGUUGACCCACAGCAAGAGCCAGACGGACAAUCUUCAAAGUCAAUUGGACGCGGCACAGAACGAAAAAUCCGACACGCUGACACCGCAACAACAACAACAACAACAACAGCAACAACAAUUGCAGAAUCAACAGAGUCUGGAUUUAAUCUCGGAGAAGCUGAGCCAAUUCGAGCGGCAACAGAGCGAUCUGCAAGCGAAGCUGCAAUGUCUUCAGAGUCAAAAUCAAAUCCUGGACAAGGUGGCCCAGUAACACCAACAGAGCGACUUGCAGGCCAGGCUGCAAAGUCUGCAGGCGCAGAACCAAUUGUGCGACAAAUUGCAAAGAUCGACCGAUUUUCAAUCGCACGGGAUCGGGAACGAGAUCCACCAGAUUCAAUCGAACUCGCUGCCCAACCACCAAGAACAAUCAUCCGAUAAGAGUUGCCUGGCGCAGAAUACGCCGCACAGCCAUCAUCAAACGUUAUUGACCGCUUCCUAUUCACAGAACUCUAAUCAUCAAUCCUGCCAAUCGUCUGUCUGCGAGAAGCUAUCGCCCAGGCUGCAACACGAUACCAGCGACCCGAAUUCUAUUCAGAUACCGAACAUGUCGCAGAUGCCAUUGCCGUGUCUGCCGCAAUUCGAGCGCACCGACGCAUCGCGCGCUUCGUUUUCGCAGUUCCAUCGGCUUCAGUGCCAGUUAGACGGCCACGAGGGCGCUUCGGCACCGUCCACCGCCGUCUCCUCCGCAUCCUUCACCGGCACGUUGAAGAAGGUGCCUCCGGAAAAACCACCGAGAACGUCGUUGAUCGUUCAGUCGCCGGAAUCGGAGAGCAACAGAAGCCAGCCGGCCAUCGGAUUGAAGCAGACGCCCAAGGCUCGGCCAACCAUUUUCGGCACUGUGGCCUCGGACCUGAACCCAAAAGAUGGUAACAGUCGAAGGAGCUUGCCACAAACACCAGCUGGCGGUGUGGGUGGAAAAGGAAGCGGAAGUGCUGGCGCCGGAUCUGGUAUGGUCAAUGGUUCCGGUACCGAUCAUCAAGAUAUUCGUGACGGUGCUGCUAUAAACACAGAACACGCGUUGGUAUAUCGGGACGGGAAUCUGGUGUCGGGCUCGUUGGAAGCCCUGGUGCAGCAUAUGGUGCCCACCGAGGAAUAUUAUCCCGAUCGAGCUUACCUCUUCGCCUUUUUGCUGAGCGCCAGGCUCUUCAUCAAGCCGCACGAGCUUCUGGGCGAGGUCUGCGCCCUCUGCGAGCAUCAGCAAAACCUGAAUGGAGAGGGUGGCAAGGAACGUCUGCAACGUUUCGUGCCACGACUGGUGCAACUGCUCGCCGAAUGGACGGAAACAUUCCCGUACGACUUCCGGGACGAGAGGGUGAUGAGCCACGUCAGGUCCAUCACGCAGAAGGUCGCUGCGGUCGACGCUGCGGCCAGACAGGAAGUUUCGGCAUUGCUGCAAAACUUGCUCCUCAGACUGACGGCCCUCGAGAGGUACGAGGAGGGUCUGGCCAGGCUGGCGACCGAGGCAACGACGGAGCAACUCGCCCAGGUGGACAUCACCGAGCUGUGCCCAUCGGCCACGGUUCUCGCCCAGCAAUUGACCCACGUGGAACUCGAGAGGCUCUCGUACAUCGGCCCCGAAGAAUUCGUCCAAGCUUUCGCCAAGGAAUCCCCUCAUCUGGAAACAUCGUUUAAGGACAUGAAGAAAACGCGCAAUCUCGAAUCGUACAUCCAAUGGUUUAACAGACUGAGCUAUUUCGUCGCGACUGAAGUAUGCAAGCAUCCAAAAAAGAAACAACGAGUCCGCGUGAUUGAAUAUUGGAUCGAAACAGCCCGUGAGUGCUUCAACAUCGGCAAUUUCAACUCCCUGAUGGCGAUCAUCGCUGGUUUGAACAUAUCACCGAUAUCUCGUCUGAAGAAAACGUGGUCAAAGGUGCAGCUGGCGAAAUUCUCGAUUCUUGAGCACCAAAUGGAUCCCAGCAGCAACUUUAGCAGCUAUCGCAGCACCCUGAAAGCGGCUAUGUGGCGUAGCGCCGGCGCUACGGACGAACGACAGAGGAUCGUCGUUCCCUUCUUCAGUUUGCUGGUCAAGGAUCUCUACUUCCUGAACGAGGGAUGCAGCAACAAGUUGCCAAACGGACAUAUUAACUUUGAAAAAUUCUGGCAGCUGGCGAAACAGGUUACGGAGUUUAUCGCCUGGAAGCAAGUUGCCUGUCCAUUCGAAAAGAAUCCACGUGUCAUUGCUUUUCUUCAGGCGAGACCGGUGUGGACUGAAAAUGCUCUAGCUUUGGCAUCGUUCGAGUGCGAACCACCAGACAACAAUCCAGAGAAAGAACGUUACAAAGCAUUGAAGUCUGAACUGAACGCUCAGUGAAAAAGAGCAACCAUACACCGCGUCGAAUGGGAGCGAUAUUGAGACAGAGGACGCGCUCUUUUAAAAUUCGUUCCAAGCAUUAAUCAACCGAGAAUCUCUCCCGCGAGAAGACGUUAAGAGAAGAGAUACAUCGAGAGAGAAAGAGAAAGAGAGAGAGGGAUGAAAAUAGCGAAGAACACUUGAAUCGUGAACGAGAUGCCUGCACGACGAUGAAAAAUGGAGGAAGAGGAGGAAAGAAAAUCGAGAAAAUGCAGCGAUCGAUAAACGAUAGAACGAAGGGGAGGGAAAAGAAAAAAAAAAAUGAUUCAUCGUAGUGAUCUCGCGUCAUUUAAGCACAUCGUUUAGAUAUAUUAGGAGAAUCGGUGCAGUCGUGGAUAAUUCACGAUUUUAAUUGUUAGAAACGAUUCUAAACUUUUUCUUUCUAAUCAUAGUUUUCAUGCGUUGAAUACAUAUAACGCAGUAUGUACAAAUGAAUAUUUCGAAAUCGAAUCGAGACAAAUUUUCGUAUCGAGUUUUAGUUACGAAUUUUUUAAACGUUUCAAAUCGAGUGGAAACAAUCGGAUUUUCGAAUCGAAAUUCUAUUUUCCAAUCUUUACGAAUUUUCGAAAUCUAAUCGAAUAGAACUUUCAGGAAUUCAGAGAGAUUAUUCUCCCACAUGCGAUAUCAAAAUUCUUCACAUAUAAUAUCUGAUCAUCGAAAAAACUUUCCGAAUAAAUUUCCAAAAUUUCCAUCGGGCUCGACUGCACCGAUCCAAGAUUGUCGACAGAUCGACGACCCCUAUCCCUCGAUCCAUCAAGAAAGAACCAAAGUCGAUCUGUCAAAACGAAGAAAGAAGGAAAGAGAGAAAGAAAGCAAGGAAAGAA